UUUCCUCUCUUGUUUUCUUCUUUUUACUUUUUUGAUUAUCAUAAUGACAGAUAAAGAAACAUUAUCUGAAACAAUGAUUAAAGACGAUAUUAAAAAACAAAAGAUAUUAGAUAUCAUUGAUCACCAAUUUGAUCUGGAGAUUUAUUUGAAACAUCGUGAACUAGCAACUAUAAGAAAAGAAAUUGAAAAUGCAGAAUCAACUCUUAAAGACUUAGAAUUGGCUAUUAAAAAUGAAUCAUUAGCAGCCAUGUUACCUGACUUGCCUCGUUUUACAAGACAAUCAGCUGCUGCACUUUACUAUGGACAAAUGCCAGGAGGAAGUUCAACAAUCAACUCAAAUACAAUACCAAGUGGAAGUUCAAAAAGAAAAGUACAAAGAUCUAACCAAUACCCUGUACUCUAUGGUCGACGUAUGGAUGGUGUAUAUGUUCGAUUAUCUUGUCCUGUUUGUCAUCGUGAAAACUUUACAAAUCAAAUCGGUUUCCAAAACCACUGUCGUAUAUCUCAUUCACUGGAAUUCAACUAUUAUGAAAAUAUCAUGGCACAAUGCGGUACACCUGUCGAUGAAUCUGAAGUCCCUGAAGAUCAUCCUAUACGACUAAGACCUCUUACUUUACCUACUGUGUCUUCAAAAAGUACAAAGAAAACAGAAAGGCCGACCAUCAAGGAAUAUGAAGAAGAUGUGGAUUUGGAAUUGGAUCAAGAUGGAUCUAGGACGAAACGGUCAAAAACAGAGCCAUUAUCAUCAUCAUCUUCAUCUUUAGAACAACAAGCUACUACAGCAUCAAUAUUAACACCAAAGGGAUCUAUGCCAGCAACACCCAGUACACCUGAUUCUACCGUUUCAGCUCCAACUCAACCAACUACGAUGAUAGAUAAAGACAAUACCCAAACAACACCAAUUAAUAAUAUUACCUCCACUUUAUCGACCACAUUACCAAAGGAAGCAGGAUCUUCUUCAAAUAAUAUAGAGUCACACAUAUUACAAGAACAAAGUUCAAUGGAAACAGCAAAAUCAACUGAAUCAUCAACAUUAUCAUCCGUUAUACCCGAAAAAAAUCAUAUCACAUCACCCUCUCCAGCACCAUCAAUGCUUCCAAUAGAAACUACAGCAACGAUAUCAACAACUGAUAAAUCAACAUCAACUAUUGCUUCACCAUCAACACCAGGAGGAAGUAGUGCUCCAUUGACUCCAAUCUCAGAAAAUCCAGAAGAAGGUAAAACGGAAUCAUUGACUUCAGCCAUUGCAGAAAAAGGGUCUAGAUUUUAUAUCAAGAGACGGAUUGUAGUGGGUAAUGUUAGCAAGUAUAUUCCUCCAGAAAAACGGGACCCAACUUUGAAGAACUAUACUCAUAAAUGGAUGAUCUAUGUCGUAGAACCACCUCAGGAUCAAGACAAGAAACCAUUCCUUACAGGAGUCCGAUAUCAUUUACAUCCAAGCUACAAACCUUAUGAUGUGGUGGAUGUGACAGAAUCACCUUUUCGAUUGACACGACUUGGAUGGGGGGAAUUUCCUAUUCGACUUCAAUUAUACUUUGUGGAUAAACGACGAAACAAAAGUUUGGAUGUGAUUCAUCAUUUACGAUUAGAUUAUACAUUAUCAGGACGACAAAUGUUGGGCAAUGAAAGAGGAUUUGAUAUAGAAUUAGAUAGAAACACCAACUUUGAAGAUGUUACCACCAUACCUGGCUUGUCGAGUGAUACUGCAUCAACAACAAAUGAUACUUCUUCAUCCACACUGGCACCUUCUUCUUCUUCUUCCAAUAAUACUGAUGUUACUACAACUGCGACACCUGCCAUAUUAUCCAAACAAAACAUGAUGGUCAAUGCAACAAAGCAGCGAAUGACAUUAUUACAAGGUAUUUUGAAGGAAUGUGUACAACUAUUUCCCAUGGUCUCGCGUUCUCAACAACAACCAUCCGGGUCUUCUCGUGGUUCGUUACGCUAUACUUGUGCAAACAGUACGAAACACUAUUUUACUUGGUCUGCUCCUCGUCGAAAAGCUUUGGAGUGGCAUCGCAGUCAUUUACUUCGAAUAGAGGUUCAGCAACGAUGUAAGGAUAUCAAUGACGACAUACUUCGAACGGCAUGUGACGCUCUCAGUACCAAAGAUGUGAUACGAUGGUGUCGUGAACAAGGAUAUACACCUAACAAGAAGGAAGAUAGAACUCUUGAUGACAAUGUGGAGGAGGAAGAAGAAAGAUCAAAGGAAGAUCAGGGAUCAGAUGUUCAACAAUGGUGUCGAUACUGUGGUUCUGAUCAACAUUUAACUUUGGAUUGUACAAGAAAACCAUCUGGAUGGCGAAAGAAGAAGCAAUUCGUGUUAGGUGAUCAACAUACUUUAUCAGACGUACGCCUCUUACUUGAACAAUCAGGACUCUCAAUGAUGGAAACCGAGAAGAAAGAUAUGGAUGAUGUGGUUCAAGUGGAUGAUGAUAUGGAGAGUGACAAGACAUGCAAUUAUCAGGAUCUAUUGAAUAGGAUACGUGAUCGAAUGAUGGAUGAAGAGGAUAAUGAACGCAGUUUGGAUUGGAUUUGGUCAGUGAUUGCUCCAUUACGAUUGAAAACCAUGGUUGCCAAUAAUAUCUCCAUGUCAAGACAAGGUCAAUUACAAAUGCGAACAGGUGAAGAAGAUUUGAUGACAGCUAUGGAUCAACGGUUGGUGGUGGGUCAACUUUUUCUUCAGUUGACCAAACUCUUUUUGAAAAAGAUCUUGACGCAUGGAGUGGCGAUUUGGCAAAAGGAAAAAGAUCAAGAAAAGAAAAACAAAUUAUUGGUGCCAUAUCAUAUUCAUCAAGCCAUACAACAAGUGGAUCAUUUUGAUUUUUUGACAAAUGCUUACAUGGGUACUUACAAGAAACAACAGCAACCAUUGGUAACAACUCGACAUCCUACAACAUUUUCAUCAUCAUCAUCAUCAUCAACUGAUAUUAUCAAUAUCACUAAACCGUGAUCCAAUGUAGUAUAAAACAAUAGUAGAAUAGUCUUUUUUUUUAUUUUAUUUUGAUAAUAGUCA